AUGGCGCAGGGAAGAGGCAGUGCAGUUACCGUGGUCGUCGCGCUCCUGCUCGUCUGCGUGCUCUUCAACGCCAGAGUUGCUGACUCGGCGGUGUACAGUGUCGGCGACAGCAGCGGCUGGUCCUUCAACACCGACUCCUGGUCCACCGGCAAGCGCUUCAAGGCCGGCGACGUCCUAGUGUUCAAGUAUGACGCGACGGCGCACGACGUGGUGGCGGUGAGCGCGGCGGGGUACAGGGCCUGCGCCAAGCCGGCGAGCGGCGCAAGGGUGUACAAGUCUGGCGCCGACCGCGUCACGCUCGCCCGCGGCACCAACUACUUCAUCUGCAGCGCUCCGGGACACUGCCAGUCCGGCAUGAAGAUCGCCGUCACCGCCGCUUGA